ACCCCGACCACGCCCUUUAUAAAGGUCCCGAUCUCGAUGAAGCCGAGACCCGAGAGACCUCAUUGAGCAGAGAAAGCGGAGAGAACGGGAAAGAAAGUGCCUCACGGAAUCCAAAGAUGCUUGCCUUGGGCUCUGAUCUGUGGUGCAUUUGCUGAGGAUCUACCUCUUGGGCCUUUUCUCCUGCUUCCUGUUUAUUUUGAACUUCUGUUGACCAUUGUAUAUCAUGGACGAAUUUGAUUUGAAAUAUACCAUGUUGUACAUUUGUAUGUGAUGCGACAUUCCAGUGGUACUAUCAUUUAUUGCAGCUUCUCAACUUUGUUGGCGAUAUAAUACUUGUAUGUGAUCAUAUAUAAUCACGUAUAGUUUCAGAACUGCAUAGUUCUCCCUAAAUCUGUAACAGCAUUAUAUGGGAAUUUGUAGAUGUGCUUCGAUGUUAUGUGGGAUGGAGACAAACAUACGCCAUUAAUCUUGGAUUCUUGACCAUCUGAAAAUUUGGAUAUUCUGGUUAUUCAUAUCAAUGGAGAGCUUAGCCCACUUGGAAGCCUUGUGUGAGAGGCUUUACACUUCUCAGGACUCAGUUGAACGAGCACAUGCAGAGAGCACUUUGAAAUGCUUUUCUGUGAACCCUGAUUAUAUAUCUCAGUGCCAAUACAUUUUGGACAAUGCUUUGACCCCUUAUGCUUUGAUGUUGGCCAGUUCAAGCUUGUUGAAGCAAGUAAUGGAGCACAGUCUUUCUUUGAAGUUGCGGCUUGAUAUCCGGAAUUAUGUGAUAAACUAUCUAGCUAGCAGAGGACCUGAAUUGCAGAACUUUGUAGUUGGAUCAUUGAUACAACUGUUAUGCCGGAUUACAAAAUUUGGAUGGUUCGAUGAUGACAGAUUCAGAGAGGUUGUUAACGAGGCAACAAACUUCUUGAGUCAGGCUUCGUCAGGCCACUAUUCAAUUGGCUUGAAGAUAUUAAACCAGCUUGUAUCUGAGAUGAGUCAGCCAAACCAGGGAAUGUCUCUAACAAAUCAUCGAAAGGUUGCCUGCAGUUUCAGGGAUCAAUCACUUUUCCAGAUAUUUCAAAUUUCUCUGACUUCUUUGCAUCAGCUAAAAAGUGAUGAAGAUAUGCAAGCAGUCUCUGUGCUGCGGGAACUUGCUCUUUCACUUUCCUUGAAAUGCUUGUCUUUUGACUUUGUUGGAACUUCAGUAGAUGAAAGCUCUGAAGAAUUUGGUACUGUGCAGAUUCCAUCUUCGUGGAAACCAGUCAUACAAGAUCCUUCCACCGUGCAGAUUUUCUUUGAUUACUACAGUAUCACUGAGCCUCCUCUGUCAAAAGAGGCUCUGGAGUGUUUAGUUAGGCUUGCUUCUGUAAGGCGGUCUUUAUUUACUGAUGAUCCUGCACGCUCCCAGUUUCUAGCUCAUCUAAUGAGAGGGACUAAAGAGAUACUGCAAACAGGCCAAGGCCUGGCUGAUCAUGACAACUAUCAUGAGUUUUGCCGUCUCCUAGGGCGUUUCAAAGUCAACUUUCAGUUGUCGGAGCUUUUAAGCGUGGAAAUUUAUACUGACUGGAUACAUUUGGUAGCAGAAUUCACAACAAAAUCACUGCAGUCAUGGCAGUGGGCAAGCAACAGUGUAUACUAUCUUCUAGGGCUUUGGUCGAGGCUGGUGACUUCUGUACCUUACUUGAAGGGUGAUACACCAAGUUUGCUGGAUGAAACUGUGCCGAAAAUCACUGAAGGUUUUAUCACCUCUAGAUUCAGUUCUGUUCAGGGUGGUUUUUCGGAUGACCUUUCAGACAAUCCAUUGGACAAUAUUGAACUUCUUCAAGAUCAGCUUGAGUGCUUCCCAUAUCUCUGCAGAUUCCAGUAUGGAAGUAGCAGCGUGUACAUUAUCAAGAUUAUGGAACCUAUUCUGCAGGCUUAUACGGAGCGAGCAAGACAACCUACUCAUGGAGAUGUGGAUGAACUCUCUGUGAUUGAAGGGCAAAUUGCAUGGAUAGUUCAUAUCAUUGCUGCUAUUCUGAAGGUCAGACAGACUACUUGUUGUAGCACGGAGUCUCAGGAGUUAAUUGAUGCAGAACUUGCUGCACGUGUUUUGCAGUUAAUAAAUAUUACAGACAGUGGAUUGCACUCUCAGAGAUAUGGGGAAAUAAGCAAGCAAAGACUUGACCGUGCGAUUUUAACCUUUUUCCAGAAUUUCCGGAAAUCAUAUGUUGGUGAUUUAGCCAUGCAUUCAUCUAAGUUAUACACAAGGCUGUCAGAGCUCCUUGGGAUCCAUGAUCAUCUAGUUUUGCUCAAUAUUAUUGUUGGAAAAAUCGCAACCAAUCUUAAAUGCUACACUGAGUGCGAGGAGGUUAUUGAACACACCUUAUCUCUUUUUUCGGAGCUUGCAUCUGGUUAUAUGACUGGAAAGCUACUGCUUAAAUUGGAUUCUAUAAAGUUCAUCAUUUCACAUCACACAAGAGAUAACUUUCCGUUUCUGGAGGAUAAUAGAUGUUCUCACAGUCGAACAACCUUCUAUUAUACUCUUGGUUACUUGAUCUUUAUGGAAGACAGUCCUGUGAAGUUCAAGUCUUCUAUGGAGCCACUUUUACAGGUUAUGAUUGGAUUGAAAACAACCCCUGAUGCUGCAUUCCGCUCUGAUGCUGUAAAAUAUGCAUUUAUUGGUUUAAUGAGGGAUUUAAGAGGAAUUGCCAUGGCUACAAAUAGUCGUAGAACAUAUGGGCUUCUUUUUGAUUGGUUAUAUCCAGCACACAUGCCACUUCUCUUAAAAGCCAUCUCACAUUGGGCAGAUGUACCACAGGUCACUACACCAUUGCUAAAGUUUAUGGCGGAAUUUGUUUUAAACAAAGCUCAACGUUUAACUUUUGAUUCAUCAUCAGCUAAUGGUAUUCUUUUGUUCCGGGAAGUCAGCAAGUUAGUUGUUGCUUAUGGGUCAAGAAUUUUAUCCCAUCCCAUCAACACAGACGUCUAUGCCAACAAGUACAAAGGAAUUUGGAUCUCUCUAACCAUUCUCACAAGGGCAAUGACUGGCAAUUAUGUCAAUUUUGGGGUGUUUGAAUUAUAUGGUGAUCGGGCACUUGCAGAUGUUCUUGAUAUCUCUUUAAAGAUGAUUCUGUCAAUUUCUUUGUCCGAUAUAUUGGCAUAUCAGAAGCUUACAAAGGCCUAUUUUGCAUAUAUGGAGGUUUUGUUUGGCAACCAUAUUUCUUUUAUUUUGACUCUUGAUACAAACACGUUUAUGCAUAUUAUUGCAUCGCUUGAAUCUGGAUUGAAAGGUUUGGAUGCUGGUAUCUCAUCUCAGUGUGCGUCGGCUAUUGAUAAUCUGGCCUCCUUUUAUUUCAACAAUAUAACAGUAGGUGAAAUGCCUCCAUCGCCAGCUACAAUGAAUCUUGCCCGGCAUGUAGUUGAGUGUCCCAAUCUGUUUGCUGAGAUACUUAAGACCCUGUUUGAGAUAGUCCUUUUUGAAGACUGUGGCAAUCAAUGGAGUCUUAGCAGACCAAUGCUGAGCUUAAUUUUGAUAAGUGAGCAGGUGUUCAAUGAUUUGAAAGUCCAGAUUUUGGCUUCUCAGCCUUCAGAUCAAGUAGAACGCCUCUCACUAUGUUUUGAUAAGCUGAUGGCUGAUGUCACAAGAAGUUUGGAGUCCAAGAAUAGAGAUAAAUUCACCCAAAAUCUGACAUUAUUUAGGCAUGAGUUCCGAGUCAAGUAGAUGGUUUUGCACGGAAGUGUUAUUUCAAGAAAUUGUAGCCAUGAUGGUGCACCAAGGUUAAAUUUAGCCGCAGGGCAGAAAGCCCAUGAGAAUAUAGCUUUGAUGUGGCUAGCAGUCGUAGAAUUCUUUGCAGGGCCCAAAUACACGGAUAUGUCACCAGGGAGAAAAACUCUUUUUUUUUUCUUGUUUUGGGAGACAUGUUUGAACGAAAGCUUGUCUGUGAAAUAGCACCCACUGAGCUUCUACGUUGUGAUCCACAUGGGGAUGAUGAGAAGUGGGUAACAAGUUUGUACAGCAAUGUUGCUACGAAUGGGAUGGCAGGUUGUAAUCGGGGUUUUAGGUGAUUAUCUGUGUCCCAAUAUCAUAAUUCUUUUGUUUAGAUAGAAUAGUGAAGGGGUGAAUGGUUUCAUAUUGGAUGGAUUUACCAUGUAUAAUACUUUUUUUUUUUUGCCAACGUGGAUGAUUCUUUGUCUGUAAUGCUUUUGGUGGGCAGAAGGUUUAGUUAAUAUUAGUAGUAUUUCACGUUUCCCACC